AUGCUAAAAAUCCUUAUUCCAACGCUUGUUAUGUUACCUACAACUUGAUUAACACCCCCCAAGUGAUUGUGACCUGCAACCCUGGCUCAUAGCUUCGUCAUUGCCCUCGCCAGCCUUACUUGAUUUUGUACACCGACAGAAGCAGGAUGGACAUCGCUUAACCUUUAUAUGGCCACUGACCCCCUUUCUACGCCCCUCUUAACCCUUACCUGUUGGUUAUUACCACUUAUGCUUCUUGCUAGUCAAAAUCAUACAAUAGCAGAACCCAUUGCCCGCCAACGGGUAUAUAUUAUGCUAUUAAUUACCCUCCAAAUUUUUUUAAUUUUAGCUUUCAGUGCCUCCGAACUGAUUAUGUUUUACGUAAUAUUUGAAGCUACCCUUAUCCCAACACUGAUUAUUAUCACACGAUGGGGUAAUCAAACGGAACGCCUUAAUGCAGGAAUUUAUUUUCUAUUUUAUACAUUAGCGGGCUCCCUCCCUCUUCUAGUUGCCCUCCUCCUCCUUCAAAACUCGUCAGGCACCCUUUCUCUUAUUACCCUUUCAUUCACCGACCCCUUACCUCUUUUAUCAUAUGCAGAUAAACUUUGAUGAGUCAGCUGUCUUUUAGCCUUCCUGGUUAAAAUACCUUUAUAUGGUGUACACCUCUGGUUACCCAAAGCUCACGUUGAAGCCCCUAUUGCAGGCUCAAUAAUCCUCGCCGCCGUCCUAUUGAAGCUAGGUGGUUAUGGUAUAAUGCGAAUGAUACCCCUACUAGCCCCUCUAACUAAGGAACUUAGUUACCCAUUUGUUAUUUUUGCCCUCUGGGGUGUAAUCAUAACAAGCUCAAUUUGCCUCCGCCAAACAGAUCUAAAGUCACUAAUCGCUUACUCCUCAGUCAGCCACAUGGGCCUUGUUGCAGGAGGUAUCCUUAUCCAAACACCCUGGGGAUUUUCAGGAGCACUUAUCCUAAUGAUUGCCCACGGCCUUACCUCAUCAGUCUUGUUUUGUCUUGCCAACACAAGUUACGAGCGAACCCACAGCCGCACUAUGGCCCUAGCCCGUGGACUCCAAACAAUUUUACCCCUUAUAGCAACAUGGUGGUUUAUCUCUAGCCUCGCAAACCUAGCCUUACCCCCCCUCCCUAACCUCAUAGGUGAAUUAAUAAUUAUUACCUCAUUAUUUAACUGGUCUUGGGGAACCCUUCUAUUAACAGGGUUGGGAACCCUUAUUACUGCCGGCUAUUCCCUGUAUAUAUUCCUUAUGACCCAACGGGGCCCCCUUCCCUCGCAUAUAAUUGCCUUGGAUCCCUCCCACACCCGAGAACAUCUGUUGGUUUCCCUUCACCUCCUCCCCCUCCUCCUCCUUAUCCUUAAACCAGAACUAGUUUGGGGAUGAACUACCU